AUGUUUUGGCCAACUGAGCUCACAAGCGUUCAGGUAUUGCCGGAAUUGCCAAACCUUAAAGCUAUAUUUGACAAAAAACCCGUUAAAGGUCCAGAAAAUGCAAAAUCCAUCGAGUAUCAACCAUCUCCCGAGAAAGAUCCCAUAAUUGGAAGUGUGACACAGCCAGUAUACACCAAAAGCUACAAGAAACACUAUGCAAGGUCUGGCCUGCAUCUUCCAUACGCAAUUUUGACUUAUCGCGGCUUAUAUUUGUACGAUUCCAGAACUGGUUCACCUAUUUCUGCUCAUAUUCGUUCAGACAACUCAAUUGCCAAGUACGGAUCCAAUGUAAAGGUCCGAGUGUCUCCAUGCGGCCGUAUAUUUGCAGUUGAGACCUCCGGAAAUGUUGCUUUGAUUUACACAAUUCGGACAGAUCUUUCCGAUCAUGAAAUGCUUACUGUGUUCAAUUCAGAUGGCUUUGUACUUCAAAACGGUCUUCCUCUACCAAGAUAUAGAGUUGUCAAGCAUGACGAGACAUAUGAGGACUCUGGAUUGAAUCUUGAUGAGGGAACUGCCAAUGGAUUCGUCCAGUCUUUGCUUAAAGCCUUUAAACCAAGUACUGAGAAUGAAACUCCAGUGACAGAUUUUGGAUUGCGACUUCGACUGAUUCUAAACGUUCAAAGCCGGCUUGCUGACUUCUUCUUUCUUUCCGACUUGCACAUCAUUCUAGUGAACAAGUCACCGACUGCUUUUCAGGUUGUUCCUUUGGGGAAAGAUAAGAAGAUCACAUACCUCCUCGCCGAAAACCUUACAUGGUAUCCGGAGGAAGAUAGAAAUGCUGAUAUAAUUGAUUUCCAUUAUAAUUACGCUUUGCAUUGCUUUUGCUGGGUGAAUUCUUUGGGAAAAUGCUGGCUGGCACAAGUUGGCAAAUCUAGAGACAUCACACUUCUUGAGCCAGACGCAUUAACUGGCACGUGUUUGUACUCCGGAUCCGAAAAGGCCAUAUUGACUCUUAUAUCCAACUCCAAAGGCCUUGUGUAUGUUGGUCUCCACGAUGGACGGCUUUUACUUUUCAAAAUAGGAAAUAAUGGUUCUUCUACAUUGCUCAAAACCAUCAAUAAGCCUCCGAAUGCUGGCCAGCUACGGCAUUUUUCACUUUCUCCAGAUGAAAAUACUCUCAUCAUUCAGUAUUCCGACGGCUGGACUAUCCACUCCUUUUUGGGCAAUCUCAACUUUUCCACCUUUGAGUUUGACCCACUCUUGAUAUCCAGUCCCAACGACAUUCGUUUCAUCGAUUAUCAAAACAUCUUACUGACCCAUGCAGACAAAAUCCUUCGUCUUAAGCUCUCUGGUCUUAAUUUCAUGUCUGAUCUUUCAUCGCUUGCAGUAAAUAGACCAAUUUUGUUUUCUGCUGACGUUUUACGAUUGUUUUGCGGUUCGAAUAAGUCAUCUGCCCCUGAUACUUUGAAAUCUGCCAGUGAGGAAACACUUUACAACGAAUCAAGGUUUGCCGAUUCAUGGAUGCUGCAAACAUUGCCUCUUGCAUUCACUCAAAGAAACUCGCAGGUUCGAGCUUCUUGUGCCAACAAGCGUGGUACCUUUUUCUGUGUUGUGGGAGAGAAAGAUGUGAUUGUUUUUGAUUGUAAAUUGCAUUUAUGGAAAUUUCUCGAUUGGAAGCAGGAAGACAUCCUUGAGCAAUCUGCCUCAGGAAGAUGUCAUGCAUUCUUUUCCUGCCUUUGGUAUCAGGAUUACUUGAUUCUUUCUGCCAGGGAAGAAGUAUUUGUGGCUGAAAAUGCAGAGGAUCCAACUUUUGAUCCUGCAGUUUAUGUUUUCCCGCCAUCCUGCCUGAAAUCGGAUUCUGAGUUCAAAAUUGAUUCUACAGUGUGGAAUUUCAAACUUCCAAACGCCGGCAAAGGUGCAAGGCCAAACAUUAUUUCAGUAGAUCUUGACCUUUCCCAGUCUACUCUUAUUGUUACGACAAACGAGAUGAGCAUUUACACAUGGAAGAUUUGUGAAAAAAGUACAGAUAGCGUAUCCAAUGUACGUGCAUUGUUGAUUUUUGAGAAGCUAAGUCUCUAUCAGCUAAAGGAUGCUUUUAAAGAACUGGACAAUGCAAUGUGUAACGUGAGAAGCGUACUUCUUCUUCGGAAAACGGAUCUUCUUAUACUUGACGGAACGUCUCUCUUUAUUGUGUCAAAGCAGGCCGGAACCGCACAAUUAAGCAGGUAUCACAUUUCACUUGUAAAUAAUCAAGUCGAGUACGUCCAGAAAUUAGACCAGAAGACGUUUCUUGUGUUUGAUGGCUCGAAAAUUCUCCAUUACAGUGUAAUAGUUGACGACUUGAGUUCUGGAACGAAUCUGGGCGUUCCAGUGAAUAUAAAUAUUGGAAAUGAGGUCGAGAGUUUGGAAUCCGGUUCGUAUGAUGUGGAAUCUUCUGGGGUAACACCAUAUCCGCUUACUACACAGCAAUCAGAUAGUACAGUUUAUGGGGUUGAGGUUGAAUGCUACUCAGAUACAAAGAUCAGGCUUGUUCCAACCAAGAAAAACUACUUGGAUGAUAUCAUUGACCACCAAAUUUGGGCAAAUAUUCGUGUCCGCAAGUCGGAUAGCAUGGAAGCCCUUGGAAUAACAACUGUUUACAGGAAAAUGCACAAACUACCACAUUUUAAGUAUGUCUUAGAGUUGCUAAUGGUGCGGUACAUACAGCAUGUGUACGAAAAGAAACUAUUUGAUUCUGAAGACGAGUAUUUUGACAGACUCUUUGAAUUGAUAAAGAUGACUGGAAAGAUGUAUGAAAUUUUACUAAACUGCCUCAAGAAGACGGAGGCACAAUACUGGAAUGUUUUGUUUGAAAAGCUGGGUGAGAACGCAAGAGAUAUAGUUGGAACGUUGCUGCACGAGGACCAAAACUAUAAGUUAAGCGCCCAUUACCUUAUUAUUGCACUAAAUGGUGAAAAGCACGAUGAUAAACUGCCAAAAGAUGGGAUCGAAAGUUGGUCCGACACAAAACUAAAGGCGGAGGAUGCUUUGCUGUUCAGAAGUAUCGUGCAAAAAUUGGCAUCAGCACGUGACUAUGUGACAUGCUUUGAAAUGCUUCACUUCCUAAAGUUGGUGGACCCCAAAGCUUGCACUGAAGUUAUUAAAAGCAUUGAGUGA